CUGCAAAUCUGACCGACAGUCGUUUGAAGGCAGGGACACAACGCUCAAGUUAACGAGGUCACAGCUAAACAUACAUUGUCAAAAAUGGAGUGGACCGCAAUGGAGAUUAACCCAGAGAUGCUGAACAAGAUGAUGUGCAAGCUUGGCGUGGGUGAAAGUUGGCGCUUUGUUGAUGUGCUGGGGCUGGAGGGAGAGCAACUCUCUGCCGUCCCGAAACCGUGUUGUGCCCUGAUGCUGCUGUUCCCACUGACACAACAGCAUGAGUCUUUCAGACAGCAGCAGGCAGACAAGGUUGCAGAAGACUCUGAGGUGUACUUCUUGAAGCAGACGGCAGUCAAUUCCUGUGGCACCAUCGCCCUGCUGCAUGCAGUGGCCAAUAACAAAAGCAAACUGACUUUUGAUGGUGACUCCACCUUGAAGAAAUUUCUAGAGGAGACUGCAAACAUGUCUGCUGACGACCGUGCCAAACAUCUGGAGAAGAACCAGGCAAUCCGUGAGGCUCACAAUGAGGUUGCUGCACAGGGCCAGUGUAGGCCAGAAGCUGACAAAGUCAACUUUCACUUUAUUGCCUUUGUCAAUGUAAACGGACAUCUCUAUGAAUUUGAUGGAAAAAUGAAUGGCCCUGUGAACCAUGGAGCCACCAAAGAGGACUCCUUCAUAAUGGAUGCAGCCAAAGUGUGCCGUGGGUUCAUGGAGAGGGAGCAAGGCGAGGUCCGUUUCUCUGCAGUGGCUCUUUGUCAGAGUUAGGUGUUCGGUCGGACAAAGAACCAGAAUGUCCUGGAGGAUUCACAUGGCAAACGCAAUCAGCAGCCACCUAGAAUGAUGCAUACACGUACAUCUGCAGACGGUAUGCACUAUAAAGCACAUGUUCCUACUUUUCUUUUCUUCUCAUGAAUGUUCUUGGCAUUAAAACAGCAGUUUGUUCUACUCACCCUGAUACAAGCUUGUCCAGGCUUUUUUUGUGACAGUUUAGCAGUGAAAAUUGUAAUAACAAUCAACAAAUGCUGAAACAGUCAAAUGUACUGGCACUCUUCAAGUUUCAACACUGAAAACUUGUAGUUAAGCUAGGGACCAUCCAAAUAGAGCACUGCUGUAUGUUGGGUUGGGUUGUUGGGGCCAGGCAGUUCUGUAUGUCUAGCCUGUGUUCAACUUGUACUUGUCUGCACUUUGUUGCUGUAGUUCUGGUGAUGCAGCUGUGGGAGUUCAAUAAAGCAACAUUAAAUCUGU